AUGCUAGGAGUGUCAACAAACAGGCCAAGGAAGGAAAACACCUGGCAACAGAAAAGAUUUGUCCUCCUAAGCCCCUCUCUCUGUUGUUUUUCCACUGGAUAGGCUCAGCCUUUUAGUCUUUCCCUGUUAUGGCUGCAUGUUUUGGCAGGAAUCAAAGCAGCAGCAGCGGAAGUGUCUCCAUGGCCCAUGAGGAUGGAGAGGCAGUGGUGGCCAACCACACAAGUGAUGCGGAGAUGGGCAAAGAUACCGAAGAUCCAACAAAAGGCACACAGACACUCUGUGGGAGCCCUGAGGAGAAGAGAGAGAAGGCUCUGCUACGGGCACGCCUGGAAGAGCAGCAUCGCCUUAUCUGUAUCCUGAAGAAAAAAACAGAUGAUGCACGCAAACGCUGCAAGAGCCUGGAGCAGCUCAACAUGGAACUGGAGAAACUGAGGCUAGAGGAUGCUGUGAAACUAAAAACUCAGACCCAGCGGAUUCAGUACUUGGAGGAUUUGGCCAACAACCAAGAAAAAAUGAUCUACUCCAAGGAUGAGCAAGAGAAACAGAACACACAGCUGAAGGAGGAAAACCAGCGCCUGCAGCAGGAGAACAAAACCCUCUUCAGCCAAGCAGCGAAGGACAACGAGGCUGAAAUGCUUCAGCUUGCUGCCCAGGCCAGAGAGCUCUUGCAGCAGCUGGAUACUCUACAUGAGAAAUGUGCCUGGGAGAGAUCCAGAGCCCAGCAGCUAGAAAAAGAGCUCCUGGAAGCUCAGAGCCAGCAAGCACAUGCCUGUACCUUGGAGGUUGACUCGCUAAGACAACAGCUGCAGCGCCUACAGGAGGAGCACCAACAAAUGGUGGAACAGCUAGAGCAUGGAGAAAGCCAGCAGAAGGCUCAUGAUGCUGAGCUGCAAGCCAAGCUGGAGAGGGCAAAUGAGGAGAAAGAGCAGCUACUGAACCUGGCCGCAGAAAGGGGCAAAGCUCUGCAAGAAAAGCAACAGGAAAUUCUGCAACUGGGGAGGAAGCUGGAGAUGGCAGAAAGAGCCAAAUGGAGAGCAGAGAAGCACAUUGUCAAAGAAGUGGCAGCAAACUACGGUCUGAAAGUCCAAGAGCUCCAGCAAGAGCUGAAAAGCAGCCAGCAGGCAUACAGCAAGCUCUCGCUGCAGUUUGAUGCUUACAAAAAGCACAGUAUGGAUUUACUGUCCAAAGAAAAAGCACUGAAUGUCAAACUCCGUCACUUUAAGGCAUAAUGUCAGCUUUCUGCUCGAUUCUUAGCAGGCGCCUCUACUGUACCACACCACUGAUUUUGUGUUCCUGUUCAUGCAGCCGUCUUCUAGCAGAUCUCUGUAAUGUACUUACAAGCUUAAAUCCUUCUGCAAGAA